AUGUUGCUUAUUUACAGUGCAAUGCUAUUUCUCAUCUCUCCGCUGUUGAUGGCUCAUUUAUCAAUCAACUGGAGCCCCGCAAAUACUUUGAGCAUCAACAUCAGCCAAAUUAUAAACAAAAUUAAGUCGGAGCGAGAAAUCUACUCAUUUCUCAUUAUCAACGCCUACGGUUCAAGUGAGAGUUGUCUUUGUGACGAUUCCAUCCGAUUGCUCAGCGCUUAUGGCACUGUUAGGCUACUGCAAGCAAACAGCUCUUGCUCACUCUCGCCCAGCGACUACAAUGAUGAGAUUCUAUUGAUUCGUUGUUUACCGAAUAAAUUUGUGUCAGAUUCGUUAGAGAAGAUGGUCGCUUGUCUCGGACGUAAACGCAAUAUCCGCAUUCUCUUCAUCUGGAAUACCGAGUACAAGAAUGAAUUGAUACAAAACCGUGAAGAUCUUCAAAAACAGAAACAACUACUUUUCGAAUAUUGUGCGCAAAUGCGUUUAUUGAACGUGAUCAGUAUUUAUAGAGACUAUGUGGACGAUGGUCACUUCUAUACUUUUAGCUACUUUCCUCAGUUCCAUGUCCAACGUAAACCAAUGAAGGAGGAUUGCUUUCCCGAUCGCAUCAAAGACAUGAAGGGUGUCGCCAUACGUUCUUUAGCCGACGGUUUUGAACCAUGGAAUAUUGUGUGGCGCGACCGAUUUGGUCACAUUCACAUCACUGGGUUUGUGUCAAAACUUUUGCGUGAAUUCGCUAAGCGAAACAAUGGUACACUAACCUAUCCGGCAAUUGAUAAUUUGACGCAAGUACAAAAUUGGUUACCGUUAUUAAAGAAUGAUACUAUCGACAUAGUGACUGGCAUUGGAAGUUCAAACAUAAAGACAGCUGGUGUUGAUAUUUCGACAACUUUGGUGUCAACUGAUUGGAUUAUUAUGUUGCCUUUACCUCCUCUGGUACCUGACAGCGGAGUACUUUUAUUUUUGCUCAAUUCUGUGUUGGGACUAUUUCUUCUGUUACUACUCCUCAUUUUCUCAUUCGUUCUUACAUUGGAAGGUUUGCUUUGGGGGCGACGUUCUCCAACAAAUAGUUUACGUUUCUUCAUUUGGAUACUCACCAAUGUUGUGCUCCGUAGUAUAAUUGGACAGUCAUCGUGCUCCGUUGUUCACGUUAAGGCGAAAUUCACAAAACGUUUCAUUUACAUUUUUCUUUUGCUCAGUGGCAUCUUCAUGAGCACCUAUAUAACUGCGGGCCUUAAUUCGUAUAUAACCAGCAAUCCGCAUAAGUACUCCCGUCUAACAACGUUCGAGGAGUUUAUAAAUUCAGAAAUAAAAAUUAAAGAAAGUGAAAGACUAUAUAGAAGUCUGGUUUUUUUUAUCGAUCCGAAAUACGUCAGAAUCAUUGAAAACAAAUUCAUAAUUGAACCAUCGUUCGAGCUACUGCAACGUCAGCGUUCCUCUUUGGAUACACGAUUUGGUUAUACAGUAGGCACCGCAUUAUGGAAAGCAAUGUCAAGACAUCAAUCCUAUUUACCACGACCACUCUUCUAUGAACACUCCAUUUUUAAGGAAGCGCUCAACAAUAUGAUCCACCAGGCGAAGAGUAUAGGACUAACUGAUUUAUGGAUCCGUCAGAUCUAUGAUGACAUGUUGGCGGCGAAAAAAAUUAAUAGAACUAUAGUGCAGCCCCUUGGAUAUGAACCAUUGGAUUUGACACAUUUCUACUGGUUGUGGUGGAUGUAUGGCUUUGGCGUGAGCUUAUCCGUUUUGGCGGAGACUACAAUGCAAAACACCCAUGGUGGGGCUCUAGGCUCAUUGACCCGAAAGGAAGAGAGCUGCAAAGGUGCAUCUCCCAAAAAACUAUACAAUUUUGUCAACAGGCACACCGACAUAUUGGCCAAGCGAUCCAAGAAGAGUUCCGGAUCUCCUAGAUUUUGUCGCAUACUCUGGUAUACCCAGCCGAAGGCUGAGCAUACAGCAUAG